GCCUCCCGUCCGUCCGUCGCGGUUUCCUGGCUGCGCGCGGCGGUGGCGAAGUCGCUGCAGCUGUAGCAACAGCCUUGAAGAUGGCGGAGGGGUUGGAGCGUGUGCGGAUCUCUGCGUCGGAACUGCGAGGGAUCCUGGCCACUCUGGCUCCGCAGGCCGGGAGCAGAGAAAACAUGAAGGAAUUAAAGGAGCCCAGGCAGCGCAAAGAUAACAGGCGCCCAGAUCUGGAAAUUUAUAAGCCUGGUCUUUCUCGACUAAGGAACAGACCUAAAAUCAAGGAACCCUCUGGGGGUGAGGAAUUUAAGGAUGAACUUGUUAAUGACAGAGAUUCUUCUGCUGUUGGAAAUGGUACACAGCUCAUUAAAGAUGCCUGCAAGGAACUGGACAACCAACAGCAAAAUGGCCCUGUAGACCUAGAAAACAAUCAAGGACAGGAAACCUUUCAUAGGACUGCUGGACAAGAGGAUCAAAGUCUAAGAAUCAUCAAAAGAACAAAGAAACCAGACCUGCAGAUCUAUCAGCCAGGACGGCGUAUGCAGACUGUUAACAAAGAGUCAGCUAGCCGGGUGGAUGAGGAAGAGAUCCUUAACCAGGUAGAACACCUGAGAGUAGCAGAAGAUGAGUGUAGGGGAAAACUUGUGAAAGAGGAAGUUGUGAAUAAACCAGACAAAACUCAGACAGAAAAGAGCCAAAAUAGUGACAGAAUAAGGACUUCAAAGGGAGAAAAAGGAAAAAGGGUUAAAAGGGGGGAGGGGACAAAGAAAGUGAAUGAUGACAUGACCCAGGGAAAGCUAGGUUCUGCAAAACGCUACUCACGCUCAGACAAGCGAAGGAACCGCUACCGAACUUGCAGUACCAGCUCAGCUGGUAGUAACAACAGUGCUGAGGGAGCUGGUCUGACUGAUAAUGGGUGCCGCCGCCGCAGGCAGGAUCGGACCAAAGAGAGGCCACGACUGAAAAAGCAAGUAUCUCUAUCCUCAACUGAUUCCCUAGAUGAUGACAAAAUUGAUGAGCCUGAUGAAUUGGGGCCCAGGAGGAGCUCAGAAAGGAGGAAACAUUCAGAAAGAAAUUGGUCUGCCCAUGGGGAGGGUGAGCAGAAAAGCAAUGGUAAAGAAAAUCGAGGCACUCUUCGUGUCACUUUUGAAGAAAAUGCAGAAACCAUGAACAAAGACUCCCCCAAGAUGAGGUCAGCCAGAAAAGAUGUGGAUAGGAUAAAGCCUGACAAAAGCCUGAGCAAUGAGGGCAGAGGCUCUGAGAAGCAGGAGUCCAAAAACCUGAAACAAGAACUUCGGGGUCAGGGUCGUGGCAUUCUGAUUCUGCCUGCCCAUACUGCCCUAUCUGUCAAUUCAGCAGGUUCUCCAGAAUCUACACCUUUGGGACCUCGGCUUUUAUUUGGAUCUGGUAGUAAGGGAUCUCGGAGUUGGGGCCGUGGAGGCACCACCCGCCGACUGUGGGACCCAAAUAAUCCUGAUCAGAAACCUGCUCUAAAGAGCCAGACACCCCAGCUACAUUUCUUGGACACUGAUGAUGAAGUCAGUCCUACAUCUUGGGGUGACUCACGUCAGGCCCAAACAUCUUACUAUAAAUUUCAAAACUCUGACAACCCUUAUUACCCCCGGACACCAGGUCCUGCCUCCCAGUAUCCCUAUACAGGCUAUAGCCCUCUCCAGUACCCAGCGGGCCCUACAAAUGGUGUGUACCCAGCGCCUUACUACCCAGGCUACCCAACUCCACCAGGACAAUAUGUAUGUAGCCUGCUCCCUGCCAGCGCUAUGAGUCCUGAGGAGGUAGAGCAGCAUGUGAGGAACAUGCAGCAACAAGAGUUACAUAGGCUUCUUCGGGUGGCUGACAACCAGGAACUACAGCUCAGCAACCUGCUUUCCAGGGACCACAUCAGUACUGAGGGCAUGGAGAAGAUGGCUCAACUCAGAGCUGAACUGCUGCAGUUGUAUGAACGUUGUAUUCUAUUAGAUAUUGAGUUCUCUGAUAAUCAGAAUGUGGAUCAGAUCCUGUGGAAGAAUGCUUUCUAUCAGGUGAUUGAGAAGUUCAGGCAGCUUCUCAAGGAUCCAAAUGUUGACAACCCAGAACAGAUUCGAAACAGACUUUUGGAGCUCUUGGAUGAGGGUAGCAACUUCUUUGAUAGUUUGCUUCAGAAGCUGCAGGUUACUUACAAGUUCAAACUGGAAGACUACAUGGACGGUCUUGCCAUUCGUAGCAAGCCAUUACGCAAGACAGUAAAAUAUGCCUUGAUCAGUGCCCAGAGAUGUAUGAUUUGCCAAGGAGAUAUCGCACGGUAUAGAGAGCAAGCCAAUGACACAGCAAACUAUGGGAAAGCACGCAGUUGGUACUUGAAGGCACAACACAUUGCUCCCAAGAAUGGACGCCCCUACAACCAGUUGGCUUUGCUGGCAGUGUAUACGAGGAGGAAGCUUGAUGCUGUAUAUUACUAUCUGCGCAGUUUAGCUGCCAGCAACCCUAUCCUGACUGCCAAGGAGAGUCUCAUGAGCUUGUUUGAAGAGACCAAACGAAAGGCAGAACAAAUGGAGAAGAAACAACAAGAGGAGUUUGAACUAAAUCCUGACCAGUGGCGAAAAGGAAAGAAGUCUACCUUCCGGCAUGUUGGAGAUGACACCACUCGUUUGGAGAUCUGGAUUCAUCCAUCCCAUCCCCGGUCUUCCCAGGGAACUGAGUCUGGGAAGGAUUCUGAGCAGGAGAAUGGUCUGGGCAGCCUGAGCGCUAGUGACCUGAACAAAAGGUUCAUCCUCAGUUUUCUCCAUGCCCAUGGGAAGCUGUUUACCCGGAUUGGGAUGGAGACAUUCCCUUCAGUGGCUGAGAAGGUCCUCAAGGAGUUCCAGGUGUUGCUGCAACAUAGCCCAUCUCCUAUUGGAAGUACCCGUAUGCUGCAGCUUAUGACUAUCAACAUGUUCGCCAUACAUAAUUCCCAGUUGAAAGACUGCUUUUCAGAGGAGUGUCGCUCUGUGAUCCAGGAGCAAGCUGCAGCCCUCGGCCUUGCCAUGUUUUCUCUCCUGGUGCGGCGCUGCACCUGCCUACUUAAGGAGUCUGCCAAAGCUCAGCAGUCCUCUCCUGAGGACCAGGAUGACCAAGAUGACAUCAGGGUGUCUUCCUUCAUCCCAGACCUGAAGGAACUGCUCCCCAGUGUGAAAGUAUGGUCAGACUGGAUGCUCGGCUACCCGAACACCUGGAAUCCUCCACCCACAUCUCUGGAUCUGCCCUCACAGGUUGCUGUGGAUGUAUGGUCGACGCUGGCUGAUUUUUGUAACAUACUGACUGCAGUGAAUCAGUCUGAGGUGCCACUGUACAAGGACCCGGACGAUGACCUCACCCUUCUUAUCCUGGAAGAGGAUCGGCUUCUCUCAGGCUUUGUCCCCUUGCUAGCUGCCCCACAGGACCCCUGCUACGUGGAGAAAACCUCGGAUAAGGUUAUUGCAGCCGACUGCAAAAGGGUCACAGUGCUGAAGUAUUUUCUGGAAGCCCUUUGUGGACAAGAAGAGCCUCUGCUGGCAUUCAAGGGUGGAAAAUAUGUGUCAGUGGCACCCGUCCCAGACACCAUGGGAAAGGAAAUGGGAAGCCAAGAGGGAAAACAACUGGAAGAUGAGGAAGAAGACGUGGUGAUUGAAGACUUUGAGGAAGAUUCAGAGGGUGAAGGCAGCGGAGGCGAGGAUGACAUCAGGGAACUUCGGGCCAAGAAGUUGGCUCUAGCCAGGAAGAUAGCCGAGCAGCAGCGUCGCCAAGAAAAGAUCCAGUGCACCACUGAGAAAGAGCCGGAAAUAUGAAUGUCCGUAGAAGAGUACCUGGGGACUCUCAAGCCCUCUUUGGUCUGCCAUUCUUUUUAAGGGAACUGAGCCUGUCUCAUGACCCAGGUAUGACUUUCCCCAAGACCUACUUGUACCCCAGAAGAGGAGGUACAGCUUCAUCUAACCUCCUGAGAUUCUGUGAGGGCAUGUGGAGAACAGGAAGCAGUUGUGUGGUGACUCACUGGGCAGAGCCAGGUUAAGGGAAGUUGUCUGCAGGCAUCCCUUGGACCGGAUGAGGGCAGCAGCCUAGCUUCCACCACCCACACACAGCUUGACCCUACCCCAUCCCCAGGGAAGCCAGCAAGGUUGCCACCUUCCUAAGAGUCCCUGGCCAGUUCACCUUUCUGGCCACAAGCCAAAGUCUCAAGAACCCAGAGAAGUUAAAGCUUCCUUAGACUCUGCUCCUAGAUUUUACUUCUGUCCUGUCAUAAGAACACCCAAGUAGUCUUACUUUGCCCCAGCUGCCUGGUUUUAACAGCCCUCCUGCCUACUGCCAGCAUAAAGGUAGGGCGAUAGAAAAUUUUAGGAGCUGUUUACACAGGGCAAAAAAUGGCAGCCAGUUCCACUUCUUUCAUGGAGUCGAACCAGGGCUGUUGUGUCAUGUCUCAAUGCAGGAAUACAGAUGUGAGAAUAAUGGCAAGUACUGAGCAAAGUUAGGAUGUCAGUCCUUGUCACUACAGAUGUCAGUGUCCUCCAUCCUCCUCAAAACAGAUGGUAAUGCUUAUUCUGUCCCCUUACCCAGAAAAACAGAUUUAGGACCUAGGGAGGCAGAAAAUGUCCUAGCAGCAGAAAAGCAAUACAGUGAACGGAAGCCUGGGGAAAAAAAAAGGAGGAGGAAUGUUAAUGCUUCUCUGAAAGAAGGGCAAUGAGUUGGUCACUAAACCUGAGCAGGAUCAUUUCCUGUUCUUCUGAACUGCCCAAGCCAAGAUUGGUGGAGUGUGUGUCACCCUCUCCUUGGCAGCCCUCUGGGGAGGGGAGUUGACCCGAGUCCCUUGGGAAGGUGGCCUACAGCAAUGGUACUUUCCCCUCAUGGCGUGAGAUCAGUAGGAAGACUUCAGCAGACUUCAGCAGCAUUUCUCAUGCUACCAGAGUCCCUUGGUCUAUGCCUUCUACAGCUGUGGUGGCAGUGGCAGUAAGUUUACUCAUAGGGAAAGGUCCCUGGCAGGUCACAGAGGAGCCACCCCCAUCAUUUGAAGACAUGCCCUUUCAGUUUUACUGUCACUGUCAGUGAAGCCUGAGCAGCCUCCUCGCUGACUGUUUAUGGGCACACCCGGCACCGUGGGCCCCAACUCAGUUGGCACGCACAUAUAUUCUCCCAGCACCAUACCCAAAUCUGUGUCCAUGUAUUUGUGUGGCAGAAGGCCAUGAGAGGGCAUGAGGGUGCUGGCUCCUGCUAGCCUUCCCUGCCAGGUUUAUGUUGGUCCCCAUGGAUUUUACUCAGGGAGCACAGCUGUCUUGGCAGGUACCAGAUCAGUUUGCUUCUUGCCCAUGAUCCUCAGAAGAAACCUGUUGUGUAGUGACAGAUAUACCCAGAACCUAACCCAAUAGCCUAUUGCUGCACAUGUAAGACUGUCAGAUGUGAGAACAUUGGGCUUUCACAGAUGUGCAUGGAGCUUCCCUGAGAGAUGUGACAGCUAUGGAACAGAAAGCCCUGGGCCCUGUAUUUUCUGAGGGCUGAGGAGUGGUGCACAGACCAUUGGUGCCACGUGCAAUGAUUUUAAGUGGUACCUGUGAGACACUUUUUUAUUAUGGCAAUUCAGCUUGCACUGGUAAACAUAUGAGUAGGGUAUCAAUUCCCCGAUAUCAAUGCUGAAAAAGGCUAAGGAACUUAAAGUCAAUAUAAAGAAAGACAUGAAGUCAAUGAUAGUAUCCCUUGUACAGGAUUGUGGCAAAGGAGCAAAAGUAAAACAGAAAAAAGACGUAUAGGAAGUACCACACCAGGCAAGGGAAGAGUGGUGACAACCGUUCUGAUCAGCUCUUUGCACGUGUGAGUUUUGUCUUAACUCAUCUCACUUGCAUAGACUCCUGCUGCUGCAAAAGACUAGUUAUUACUGGUCAGCUAAUACCCAUGUUUUUUACAUUGCCUUGGGUUUAAUUUUGGGUUUGUGUUUUUAGUGUGUUUGUUUGUUUGUUUAAAUAGUGAGGUAAAUUGAAAUAACAGGUUCUAUUAAUAAAUGCUGGAUGUGUACAAUCCCCACACUGAGGAAACUGAGGCAAGAGGAUCACCUUGAGUUCGAGGCCAACCUGGACUCCAUAGUGAGUUCAAGGCCAGCCUGAACUAUAUAACGAGACUCUGUCCCCCAAAAAAGAUACUGAUAAGUGCCUGGAUUGAGAAGUACUUUUGUAUAUGCCACCUGGAUAACUUAUAUGAAACCACUUUCAUACCUAAGGAACUUAACUCUCCUCUCUUGAUUUUUAGCCCAAAUCCUACUUUCAGAAAACUUAUUUUCAAGAUUGUCAAUAUCUUUUCUCAGUCUUAGGCAGGAUUUAGUGAUUCCCCCAUCUCAUGGGCCAUUUGGUCUGUGUUCUGCUCAAAGCUUUGCUGGGCCUCAGGCCCGCCAAGGAAGAGGUGCCUAGGAGCAGGAUGCUGAUGCUGAUGCAGUGUCAGUCAGGGGCCCUGACUCCACCAUUUGCUUGCUUGCUCAUUUACUGUC